UAUAACGUUCAGUUCUCCACAGAGAGCUAGCCUGGUCUGAAGGUUUCCCUCAUCGCGGAAGACUGACUUCAAAGGACGAUAUCUAAAGAGAAAAGCAGAGUGUAUAUCUUGGGACCUUGUGUGUGAAAACUUCAAAUCAUGUUGCGACAAGCUGCUUUGCUCAUCUGCCUUCUCAUUGUUGGAACAGAAGCAGGGAAGAGGAUAACAGGACAGCUGGCAGGGAAUUUACGCCAAGCCAUGACUUACGCGUCCGGUGAAGGAAUCACCGAUUUUGACGAAGACGGAACUUUGAUAGGACUCUCAAAUAACAAUGGCAGUCUGGAAGUACAGAAGGGUGGAACCUAUUACAUCUACGCCCAAGCGUUUUUUGAAGCCUAUCCCGAAGGAGGUGCCUCGCGUAAUCGCGUGGCUCUCGCUGUAAAUGGCGAGACAGUCUCCUUGCUUCAGAAUUCGGUCGGACCUGACUCCGACUACGGCAACCGGUUUACUGGGGCGAUAAAGAAGCUGACUAAAGGCGACCAAAUCAGCUUGAUGGCUGUGUUUCCUAGCAAGCUGUGGAUGGCAAAAGCACACACCUUUUAUGGAGCCAUGAUAAUCUUUAAAUAAUCGAGUUGUGUAAGGCAACUCACGUAUAAAGCUAUACCGUGAGUAUGUCUCGGGAAAACUAAAAUUAAGGUGAAGGAAAUAAUGGUAGAAGUAAACUAUAACAAAACAUGUUGAAAAGAACGAGGAAUAAAGGGAUUCAAAAUCAA